CCGCCAGUCAUGAGUCACUAGUCGAGUGAUCAACAGGUGAAUCUGUGCUGUGAUGUGUAAAGGGUUAUACGAUCAAUUUAAAUGCAAGUAAAAUUGUAAUAAGGAACGAGCGAAAACACUCUCGUCAGUGACGUCAGUGUUUGACAAUCCAACCGAGCGAUUUACAGUUUUUGGAAUGUCAAUUUCGACAAUAACAAUAAAUUUGCUACUUAUACAUAUAUCAGCCAAACAAAAUGGUGGCUGAAAUGCGAAUGGUAGGCAAUGUUUCCGACAAAGUGUACAAGGAUUACCUUAGUGCUGCCGGCAACUGGUGCGUUAUAUUCAUAAUGGCUAUGCUUUGCACACUGAUCAGCGGCGGUGAUGGCGAUAUCUUUGUCACCGCGCAACGGGUUGAAAUAGAAAACUAUAAAAAAUGUGAUAAUGACAAUGAUUGUCCCACGAAUUUAUAUUGCUACACAAUUUCCAAACUCUGCAUUAAUUUUAUCACUUGCUCACAAUACAACCGUAAAGAGGGUAGGACAAGAGCCCGCAACGUGGACCAAUGUGGACCUUGUAUAAAGGGGUAUACGACUAACGUACUCGUGAACGGUAGAGAAUUUCCAUAUUGUCAAAAAAACGCAACUUUUGAAAUAUACGAUUCAGGAUUUCCAACAAAUAUAUUAUCAUACGUAUUAAAUGGUAUAACUGCAAUAGUUCUUGUCAUCGUAAUUUUAUUAAACUUCAAAAGAUGCCUCUUCAAAAAGUGGUUCGAAAAAAUCAACUGUUUUGGACGGGACAGUACUGAUGUAACAAAUACUAAUGCAGUUAGUAAUGGAACAAAUAAUGGUACAUUAACAAUUGCUACUGCUCCGAUAGAAGAACAGACUCCAUUCAUUAAUGUUGUUGAAGACAAAUAUCAUGUACACGGACAGGCCAAAGACACAGAUAAAUAUCAAGGUGCUAUAGCAUUUGUACCACCAGUAUGGGCCGAAUUGCGUGGUAACGCACACGUUCCUAAUGAAAGAAAUGAAGCACCAUUACAAAACGACAUUCCUGAUGGUAACGUGUCUACAAUAAGGCAAGCUAUUAUUGCAUUGCCGGAAAUUAAUAUCGAACAGCAAGAUAAUGCCAGGAAUGCAGCAUUGCAGAUUUAUCCAUCAAAUGACGACAGAUCUGAUUCUUCACCUGAACCGAACGAAAGUAAUACCAGUCAAGAGACAAUGUUCAUCUCUCAACAAUUCAACCAGAAAAUUAAUAUGAAUGUGAAUAUUGUAAAAAAAUAAAAACAAAUGUUUGUUUUUGUAAAA